AUGGGGAAGGGGCUGGAGGGGACGGCGGCCCGCUGCGGGCUGGGACUGGGAUACCUGCUGCAGACCGUGGUGCUCCCCGCCCUGGCCGUCCUGGGGGCCAGCCGCCCCGGCUCCGCGGCGCAAGAUGAUGAUUUUUUUCAUGAACUUCCAGAAACUUUUCCAUCUGAUCCUCCAGAGCCAUUGCCCCACUUCCUCAUCGAACCUGAAGAGGCUUACAUUGUGAAGAACAAGCCUGUGAAUCUGUACUGCAAAGCGAGCCCAGCCACGCAGAUCUAUUUUAAGUGCAACAGUGAAUGGGUUCAUCAGAAGGACCAUGUGGUGGACGAGAGAGUAGAUGAAACCUCUGGUCUGAUUGUCCGGGAGGUAAGCAUUGAGAUUUCCCGCCAGCAAGUCGAGGAGCUCUUCGGGCCCGAAGAUUACUGGUGCCAGUGCGUUGCCUGGAGCUCUGCAGGCACCACCAAGAGCCGGAAAGCCUAUGUCCGCAUUGCAUAUCUCCGGAAAACUUUCGAGCAGGAGCCCUUGGGGAAAGAAGUGUCCCUCGAGCAAGAGGUCCUGCUCCAGUGCCGUCCCCCUGAAGGCAUCCCAGUAGCCGAGGUUGAGUGGUUGAAGAACGAAGAGGUGAUUGAUCCCGUGGAAGACCGAAAUUUUUACAUCACCAUUGAUCACAACCUGAUCAUCAAGCAAGCCCGGCUUUCUGACACGGCCAAUUACACUUGUGUCGCCAAAAACAUUGUGGCCAAAAGGAAGAGCACCACGGCAACUGUGAUUGUCUAUGUGAACGGAGGCUGGUCUACCUGGACUGAGUGGUCAGUGUGUAACAGCCGAUGCGGGAGAGGCUUUCAGAAGCGUACGAGGACCUGCACCAAUCCUGCCCCACUCAACGGUGGUGCCUUCUGCGAGGGCCAGAGUGUUCAGAAAAUAGCUUGCACCACUCUGUGUCCAGUGGACGGCAAGUGGACGUCCUGGAGCAAGUGGUCCACCUGCGGCACGGAGUGCACCCACUGGCGCCGGAGGGAGUGCACGGCCCCAGCGCCGAAGAACGGGGGAAAGGACUGCGAGGGGCUGGUGCUGCAGUCCAAGAACUGCACUGACGGGCUCUGCAUGCAGGCUGCUCCUGACUCGGAUGAUGUUGCUCUCUACGUUGGGAUCGUCAUAGCCGUGAUCGUGUGCCUGGCUAUUUCCGUGGUUGUGGCCCUGUUUGUCUAUCGCAAGAACCACCGUGACUUUGAGUCAGAUAUUAUUGACUCUUCGGCGCUAAAUGGGGGAUUUCAACCCGUUAACAUCAAGGCUGCAAGGCAAGACCUCCUGGCGGUGCCACCAGACCUCACCUCUGCUGCAGCCAUGUACAGGGGUCCUGUUUACGCCUUGCAUGACGUCUCUGAUAAAAUCCCAAUGACCAAUUCGCCGAUCCUGGACCCGCUGCCCAACCUGAAAAUCAAGGUUUAUAACACCUCCGGUGCAGUCACCCCCCAGGAUGACCUCUCUGACUUCUCCUCCAAGCUGUCCCCGCAGAUUACACAGUCUCUGCUGGAGAAUGAGACCCUGAACAUGAAAAACCAGAGCCUUGCUCGGCAAACAGACCCAUCGUGCACUGCAUUUGGGACUUUCAACUCUUUAGGAGGUCACCUAGUAAUUCCCAAUUCAGGUGUAAGCUUGCUGAUCCCAGCGGGGGCCGUUCCACAAGGGAGAGUCUAUGAAAUGUAUGUGACAGUUCACAGGAAGGAGAACAUGAGGCCACCUGUAGAAGACAGCCAAACCCUGCUGACACCGGUGGUGAGCUGCGGCCCACCAGGAGCCCUGCUAACCCGGCCCGUCAUUUUAACCAUGCACCACUGCGCGGAACCGAACACGGAGGACUGGCAGAUCCAGCUGAAGCACCAGGCUGCCCAGGGGCCGUGGGAGGAUGUGGUGGUGGUCGGCGAGGAAAACUUCACCACACCGUGCUAUAUCCAGCUGGACCCAGAGGCCUGCCAUAUCCUGACAGAAACCCUCAGCACAUAUGCCUUGGUGGGACAGUCAAUCACCAAAGCAGCAGCCAAACGUCUCAAACUGGCCAUCUUUGGACCACUGUCCUGCUCUUCGCUGGAGUAUAGCAUCCGGGUCUACUGCCUCGAUGACACGCAGGAUGCCCUUAAGGAGGUCCUCCAGCUGGAGCGGCAGAUGGGCGGGCAGCUUUUGGAGGAGCCCAAAGCUUUGCAUUUUAAGGGAAGCACCCACAACCUCCGCCUGUCCAUUCAUGAUAUUGCCCACUCUCUCUGGAAGAGCAAACUGCUGGCUAAGUACCAGGAGAUUCCCUUUUACCACAUCUGGAGUGGAUGCCAGAGGAACCUGCACUGCACCUUCACACUGGAAAGGUUCAGCCUGAAUACCCUGGAGCUGGUGUGCAAACUCUGCGUGCGGCAGGUCGAAGGAGAAGGGCAGAUCUUCCAGCUCAACUGCUCGGUCUCAGAGGAACCUACUGGCAUCGAUUAUCCCCCUAUGGACUCAGCAGGCACCAUCACCACCAUAGUAGGGCCCAGCGCUUUCAGCAUCCCCCUCCCGAUAAGGCAGAAGCUGUGCAGCAGCCUGGAUGCGCCCCAGACCAGGGGCCACGACUGGCGGAUGCUGGCCCACAAGCUGAAACUGGACAGGUACCUAAAUUAUUUUGCUACAAAAUCGAGUCCCACCGGGGUGAUCCUGGAUCUCUGGGAAGCCCAGAAUUUCCCUGACGGCAACCUGAGCAUGCUGGCGGCGGUUCUUGAAGAAAUGGGAAGACACGAAACCAUUGUUUCUUUGGCAGCAGAAGGAAAUUACUGAUGCAGCCUUGGCGUGAACAGGAAGGA